CCAGCACCAUGUGGGCAGCCUCCUGCACCCCGAGCACCUCGGUGGGGCUCUGCCAGUUCACCGGCAGGCGUCGGCGGAGUCGGGAAUGACGGUGCAGGCAGAAAGCUUUCGUCAGUCCUCAUCUCCACUAAAAACCAUCCACAAUGCUGUUCCCUGUUUGAGGUUCCUAAUACGAAUAUCAAAGAACGACCUUCUCAGAGGCUCCAUAAAUGAGUCGUCAUUCAGGACAUCUCUCUCCAGCCAUCAGUCUCUUGCUGGCAGGACCAAGAGCACUUGCGUUUCAUCAGUUUCCACUGGAGAAGCUACCUGGAGCGAUGUAAAGCUUGACCCUGUAGAGCCAGCUCAUAGGAAACUGCAGCCUCGCCGAAGCCAUUCUUUCUCAACAAGUCGGAGACAGGAGAAGAGAGACCUGCUCCCAAAGACCUGCAGCUGCGAUGCAGCAACUGCAGAGAAGGUUUUGCUCUCCUCCAGCUGUUUGGAGAAGGUGCUUGGGCAGCCAGUCCUACACAGUCCCCCCGCAACACUCGUGACCAGCUCCCUAAGAGCCGCUUCUCUGCCGGUCGGUUUGAAUAGCAGCAGUGUCGGUAGAGGAGAAGACUUGGGUACUUCACCGAUGGCAACUCAAGAAAGUCAAGUUAAUGGAGUCCUGGGCUCUGUCAUUAGCAAUACAGUCCCUCGCAUCAUCAUCAUUCCUACCUCAGAGACCAACCUAUUUCGAGAGGAACUGGAAGAGGAAGAGACUGAAUUAUUCCACUUCCAUGACAAAAAGGGCAAUCUGCUGGACUUGGAAGGGCUUAGCUCAUCCAUGGAGUUCCUUGAAGCUGUUGAGAAAUUUCUAUCGUAA